AUGGAGGAGGGUCUUGAUAAGCUGCUGGUAUGGUAUACUUCAGAUGCAGCUCAAUUGGCCCGUAAAAUGGCAAACUUUCUCACCGAAGAGCGCUCUCCAGCUGUCACAGGAACUCUAUACUUCAUUGAUGCCAUGGAUAGAUUUCCCUUGACAGAAUUCCAAAAGGCGCUACCACACGAGGGCCACUCGCAAAUCUACGACAAUGUACGGAUUAUGACUUGUCUCGACAUGGAAGAGCUCGCAGCAAUGGUUGCCAAGAUCAGUCAGAGCACACAGAGGGCUCGAGUAGCGCAUACAAAGGAUGCAUCCAUCGCAGCAACUCGAACCUUGCUAGUGCUUCGUGGUUUGGAUGUCAUAUUUAGAAACUCCAUGCUAAGAGAUGCUUCACUUGCACAUCGUCUGCUAAAGGAUGUCAUGCUCCGUUUACGGAUCGUUGCCAAUACAACAUCAGAUUUCCGCACCAUUGCAUUGUUUCCCUCGAAUGAGGCUUCGGAAAUCGCCGGAAAUUUGAACGAAAAGCCUCUGAGAAAGAAACCCAAAUUAAGUUUGGGCCAAGGUAACUCUUUAUCGCAUUACCUAUCGAAGUUCUAUGCUGAUAGAACUCUCGUUUAG